CACGGUGGGCCCAGAGACCAACGUCAUCGGGUCGACAUUGCCUCGCCCACUUUCUUUGUGUCUGUCCACCUCACGAUAACCUCUCUUUGCCUUGACUCUCGGUCUUGCAACCACGAAAUUCGCCUCAAUGUUGCCAUACUAAGCAGUGCGAGACCCGUCCUCUUUGCAUUUGCCUGGCUUGUUCCUCCACGAGCACACCUUCCUACCUAGACACCAACUCUCGAAGACCCGAUAUCGAGCGGCCCUCUACACGUCUUCCUGUCCUCCAUUCAAAUGUCCGAAAAGUCACUCCGGUCACGUACCGUCAAGCCCGUUAUUGACAACAACGGCCCCGCCACUGACGACAACAUGUCCUCCAACGGCACCACCACGAACCCAUCAUCAUCAUCUUCAUCACCAGCACCACCAGCACGAGCCUCGACCCCCGCGCGGCGGCGGCGCAACCCUCCGCACCUGCCGACGCCAACCGAGCUUCUCGCGCUGGGGAUAUACCCGGUGCUCCUCACCUUCGGGACCCUCUUCUCCGUGUUCAACCCGGAGGCCCGGGGCGCGCCGUACGACCCCUACGCGCAGUCGCACUUCCCCGGCACCGCGCCGAGCUACUUCGCCCGCAAGGACAACCUGCUCAACGUCCUGUUCGUCAAGAAAGGCUGGGCGUGGUUCACGGGCGCGUUCCUGGUGUUCCUGUUCACGCACCCCACGUACACGUCUUUGGCUUCCUCGGCAGAGACGGCGCUCCAGCGCAGGCUCAAGGCCGGGGUCCGCUACGCCCUGGUGACGGGGUGGUGGAUCCUCGUGACGCAGUGGUGCUUCGGCCCCGCGCUCAUCGACCGCGGGUUCCGCUACACGGGAGGCAAGUGCGAGGUCGCGCAGCUCGCCGUGCACGCGGGCGAGGCCGACACUGGCGACGCGCUGACGGCGGUCGCGUGCAAGGCCGCGGGCGGGCGGUGGAGCGGCGGGCACGACAUCAGCGGCCAUGUCUUCCUGCUCAUGCUGGGGAGCUGGUUCCUCGUGCAGGAGGUCGGGUGGGUGAUCCUGCGCGCGUCGGGCUCCGCGCCAGCGGCAGCAGGAGGGAGUGCGAGGACCACGGCGGGCAACGGGCUUGAGGAGAGGACAGUCGUGAUGGCCGAUGGCGCGGUCAAGGGCGCCAGUGUCGAGGCGGCCGCUGUGGAUGGGCAUCUGUCUUCCGCCAAGGAGGGCCAGCAGCCUCAUCAUGCCGGUCACGUCGGGCUCGGACUGGGCGGCAAGUUCGCCGCGGCCAUCGUCGUGCUGAGCUACUGGAUGCUCCUGAUGACGGCGAUCUAUUUCCACACGUGGUUUGAAAAGGUCACCGGCUUCCUGGUUGCCUUCGCCGGCAUGUACAGCGUGUACAUCCUGCCUCGCUUCGUCCCGCCGCUCCGCGGUAUCGUGGGGAUGCCCGGAAUUUGAAGGGGUGGGCUGCGGCAACGGCAAGUGGCGGGUGUCGCCGACUCAAGGAAUGACAAAAGUUUGCAGAGGUUGAGACUAUUAUGCUGGGGGGUUCUGGCGGAGCCACCAACGUAAUGCUUGCAUAGCAAUCCGCCCCAAGACGCCUGGAGAGGUAUGUUGGUGUAUUCGCAGUAGAGCUUCGAUAGGCCUGUGAAAGCGCCAGCCAAAGGUGGCAGAAAUUCAACUCAAUAUAUAUAUAUAUAUCAAGAAUGCCUGCAAAGCUUGGACAGUGGUUGCCAUCACUCCGUAACAAAAAAGGCAGCAAGCAA